CCACCCCCACCCCAUCAGUGGACCAGUUGAUGAAACAAAGCAUUUCAUCACUCGUUUGACUCAUUUGUUGACAGUUUGUGACACAAGUGAGUGAAGGGUUGCCGUGAAGUGAUGGCCAUUGGACUGACUACUGGUCAACACCAGACACGUGUCCACUCACCCACACAACCAAACGCGUGCCAAACAGUCGGUGACAAUCAAUUGGUGUCCACAAUGACCAUCAGUUCGGAGCCAUCGCUGGUGGAGACGGAAGCGGUCGCCAGAGAACUGUUCACUCAGUUUACAAGAGAACAGUUGACUCACGAGGGGAUCAGCCCUUCAGAGUUUGACCAACAGAUCCAGGAGUUGAGUUCCAACGGAUAUAACAUAUCGAGUCCUCUAAUGGUUUCUGUGGGAAGAGAUCUGAGAAGAAUAUCCGAAGCAUUCGCUCGAAGCACAGAAAGGGCUGAAGUGAGGGAACGGGCCUUUCGGAUUAACUUCAGAGACCUGACGCGAGAAGAGUUUAAUUCUCUAUUGAGUGAACUCUUUCUCAACGGAAACAUAAGUCGCGAGCGAAUCGUUGUUCUCUUCUUCUUCUGCUCUGAUCUGGCGGUCAAUGCCUUCACCAACGGUUCCAUCGCUUACUUCAAACGACUCAUCCAAUGGUCAUUGAGUUAUAUAUUUAAUCAUAUUUGCCUUUGGGUUCAGAGACAAGGCGGAUGGGAGAUAGUAUUGGGUUCUUAUGUGCCCCGACUGGCCAUCACUGUGUUUGCUCUCAUGGGUUGUCUAGCGUUUGGCAUUUAUAUAAAACGAUCUCUUUUUUAAUUAAUUUUUUUUAUUGUUUUGUAACAAACUAUUAUGAUCUCUAAGUACAGUAUAAGCAAAUUAUUGCCG